AUGGCCCCUCAACUUCUCGCUCUUGCUGCUCUUGCACUCCGCGCCACCACUGUGUGCCCUGCCGACCCUACCUGCCCUACCAACAGUGGGUGCGUGAACAACAUCAAAGGAGUCAAGUUCCAGGUCGCCUGCGGAACUGACUACUACGGCGGUGACUUGAUCCGUGCUGAGACUUCUACAAUUGGCGAAUGCAUGCAAGCCUGCGCUGCCGAGCCUCUCUGUGUUGCUGCCAGCUACGUUGGAAACAGCUGCUACAUGAAGUCAACCCUCACCGAUGCGAAAUCUAGGUCCGACUCUGUUGGCAUCGCUAUCGUUUCCAAGAAGACCACUGUUACCGAUGAGGGCAAGAAGCCAAGAAAGGCCUGCCCCGCCAACUUUGCCUGCCCUACCGAUAACGACUGCGCUUUCACAUCCGGCGGUCGCACUCUGGUUUUGACCUUCGCAACUUGUUGGUCGAAAACCUCGAGGCUUGCACUCAGGCUUGUGCGGCUGAUGCCAAUUGCGAGGCUGCUUCGUUUAAUGGUGGAGCAGGAUCCGGCUACUGCUACCUGA